AUGUGUGACCAGCAGAAACAGCCAGAAUUCCCUCCAUCUUGCGUGAAAGGUUCAGGAUUGGGAGUUGUGCAGAGUACCAAAUGUACUUCUGUAAAAUGCCCACAUCCAUGUCCGACUCAAACCUUCGUGAAAUGCUCACCUCCAUGUCCAACUCCAAGCUUUGUGAAAUGCCCAGGUCCAUGUCUGACUCAAACCUACGUGAAAUGUCCACCUCUGUGUCCAACUCAAAACUAUGUGAAAUGCCCAGUUCCAUUCCAGACAAAGACCUAUGUGAAAUAUGUAACUCCUUGCCAGACCCUUGUGAAGUGCCCAGCUCCAAGCCAGACGACCUACGUGAAAUGCCCAGCUCCUUGCCAGACAUUUGUGAAGUGCCCUGCUUCAUGCCAGACGACUUGUGUGAAAUCCUCAGCCCCUUGCCAGACCCAGACAUACUAUGUUCAGACCCCUGCUCCUUCCCAAACCUACUAUGCUCAGGCUCCUGUAAGAGGCUCAGUCACCUCAUGUUGUGUCCCUGAUCCAUGCUCUGAUCCUUGUUCCACCAGCUACUGCUGUCUGGCUCCCCGGACCUUCGGAGUGAGUCCUCUGAGACGCUGGAUCCAACGGCCCCAGGACUGCAACUCAGGAUCGUCUGGUGGCUGUGAGGAUUCCGGAUGCUGUGGCUCUGGAUGCUGCAGCUCUGGGUGCUGCAGCUCUGGAUGCUGUGGCUCUGGGUGCUGUUGUCUAGGAAUUAUUCCCAUGAGGUCCCGAGGUCCUGCAUGCUGUGAUUGCGAUGAUGACUGCGACUGUUAA